AUGAGCAAAAGGACACUUAUUGACGUGGCCGCUGAAGGCGAUUCUACUGCAAGCAAUGAAGCCCUACCCAGAAAGAAGAGCCGGAAAGAGCAGCCCAGCGAUGAAUCCGCCCCAGCUGGUAUAGAGAAGACCAGAAAACGCAAAAGCAAGAGCAAGGAAGCCAGCGAGGUCUCUACGCCAGUGAACACUGCUAGUGAAGAGGAUGCCAAAGCGGCAAAGGCUGCACGAAAAGCCGCAAAACGCGCAAAGAAGGGAGCACAGGAAGCACUGGCUCCCGCCGUAGAGACGCCGCGAGAAACCGAUGGCGAAACUACAAUGGCUGAGGGCGAGGACGCAAAAGCCGUGGCGAAGGCUGCUAGAAAAGCUGAGAAGGCCCGCCUAAAAGCCCUAAAGAAGGAGCAGAAGAAGUCUGGAGUGAAUACUCCAGCUUCCGAAACUACCGCCACCGACGCUGCUGCAUCCUACAACACAUCUGCUGCGGCUUCGAAGGCACAAUCGUCUGCGACGAGUCCGGAGCCCGCGCCCGCGCCCGCGCCCGCUGGAGUCCUGAGCGGCUACACCGAGGACCCCAAACUAAGUGCCCUGCCGCAAUCCGAGAUUGACGCCUUCCUUGCCUCCAACUUCAUCACCGUAACCGACCCUCUCAGCUCGUCGCCGAAGUACCGCCCCAUCACGUCCUUCCCCUACCUACCAGUCACAGACGAGGCGCAGCGAGCGCCUUUCGCGGCCUUUGCCUCUCCCACCCCGAUACAAGCUGCGGCAUGGCCUCCGUUGCUCGCCGGGAGAGAUGUUAUCGGUGUUGCAGAGACCGGAUCGGGGAAGACUCUUGCUUUUGGUGUGCCUUGCAUACGCUACAUCACCUCGCUCCCACAGAAGCAGCGCAAGGGCGUCAAAGCUGCAAUGGUCUCGCCGACACGAGAGCUUGCGAUGCAGAUAUAUGAGCAGCUAGUCAAGCUGGCGACGCCGGCGGGGUUGAAAGUUGUAUGCGUGUACGGCGGCGUAGCGAAGGACGACCAGCGGGAAGCAUUGAAGACUGCAAACAUUGUGGUUGCGACUCCUGGUAGGCUUAACGACUUGAUCAACGAGGGUGCCGCGAACCUCAGCAAUGUGGGAUACAUGGUCCUGGAUGAGGCGGACAGGAUGCUCGACAAGGGCUUUGAGGAAGACAUCCGCAAGAUCAUCGGCCAGACGCCGUCUAAGCGACAAACACUCAUGUUUACUGCUACUUGGCCACAGUCUGUCCGUGAGCUUGCAGCAACCUUCAUGACCUCGCCUGUCAAGAUUGCCAUCGGGGACAAUCCUACUGGCGAGCUGCGAGCCAAUACGCGCAUCACGCAGACCGUCGAGGUCGUGGAUCCACGCAACAAGGAGUACAGGCUUCUGCAACUUCUGAAGCAGUAUCAGAGCGGCAAGAAUAAGGACGACCGUAUCCUAGUCUUCUGCCUCUACAAGAAGGAAGCUACUCGGAUCGAAAACUUCAUCCGGUCCAAGGGCUUCAGAGUUGCGGGUAUCCACGGUGACCUCAGCCAAACACAGCGCACCACCAGCCUGGAAGCUUUCAAGCAGGGCAAGGUGCCGAUACUGGUUGCCACCGAUGUCGCAGCACGAGGCCUGGAUAUUCCGGCUGUAAUGCUGGUCAUCAACGUUACAUUCCCGCUCACAGCAGAGGACUACGUCCAUCGGAUUGGUAGGACUGGCAGAGCUGGGAAGGAAGGCAAGGCUAUCACGCUAUUCACGGAGCAUGAUAAGGGGCUGUCAGGCUCGUUGAUCAACGUUCUGAAGGCGGCGAACCAGCCGGUACCCGAGGAGCUGCUGAAGUUCGGCACGACGGUCAAGAAGAAGAGCCAUGACGCCUAUGGUGCGUUCUAUAAGGAUGUCGGCGAGACGAAGCAGGCUACGAAGAUCACGUUUGAUUGA